GGUUCAGAGAAAAACGAUUUGAAUUCGUGUCGUUUUGAUCUUGAAUUGGGGAUACGGCUAAGGUUAGAGUUUCUAUGUCAUUUAUGUUCUCCCCUCUCUGGGAUUGAAAUAUUGAAGCUCCGUUGCUUGUUUACAAAAUACCAAAAAAAGAAAAAAAAAAUAGCGAUAAAUUUUAGUUUUGUUCUUUGUAUGAGAUAAAAUAAGGUUUCGAAUUUGAUGGACGAGAUCUGGGAGCGAGCCGUUGAGACAGCGCUAGAGGGCCAGAGCGACCACGCCGCGGCUCGAGCCCUAACCCUAGACGGCGCCGUUAAGUGCGUCCAGGGUCGUCUACCUCCUCCGAGCCUUCUAGAGAAGUUUCAGAACCUUCAGCAUCUCUCGAUUGCAAACGUGGGCGUUUCGUCCCUGGAGCAGUUCCCGAGGCUCCGAAAUCUCCAGAAGCUAAUCCUCUCGGAUAAUCGAAUCGCUGGAGGCCUUGAAUUUCUCGUAGAAGCCGGUCUCGACUCGCUGAGAGACCUUGACCUCUCGAACAAUCGGAUUCAGCAUGUCGAAGAUCUCGCGCCGCUCGCGCAGCUCAAGCUGGUGUCCCUUGAUCUGUAUGAGUGUCCGGUCACUCACGUCAAGGAUUAUCGAUCUAGGGUGUUUGGAUUGAUCAAGUCGUUGAAGUAUUUGGAUAAGAUGGACGCGGAGGAGAACGAGAGGCCGGAAUCUGAUGACGAGGAGGACGACGAAGAUGACGAGGAGGAUGAUCCUGGUAGCGGUGAAAUCGAUGGUGAGGAUCGGCCAUUUAGGAUGACCAAUGGCCACAGUGAGGCGGUUGAAGGUGUUGUUGAUGUUGAUGAGGAUGACGAGAGUGAUGCAGACGAGGAAGAGACUGUGACUGCGACGAGGGUGAAUGGACAAAAUCACCAGACAGCAAAUGGAUUCCGGGUUGCUGCUGUGGCUGGUGAAGAGGGAGAUGAGGAUGAGGAGGGAGACGAUGAUGAAGAGAAUGAUUCUGGUGAAGAAAUUGAUGAAGAGGAUGUUGAUGACGACGAUGUGGUGGAGGUUCAAGAGAUUGAGGAUAGUGACGAUGAGGAAGAUGGGGUUGAGUAUGAUGAGGAGGAUGAUGACGACGAUGAUGAAGAUGACGAGGAAGAGGAGGUGGACAAUGAUGAAGGGGAUCUUGCAGAGCCGGAGAGUACAGGGAGGUUGACGAGCACGGAAGGAGAGAUUGAUGGACAUGAACAAGGGGAGGAUGAUGCAGAUGAGGAUGAUAAUGGAGAGACCGGGGAGGAAGAGCAGUUAGUAGAAGAGGAUGGGGAAUUUGAAGAUGAAGAUGGUGAGGAAGAGGAAGAGGACUAUGGUGCAGGUUACUUAGUUCAACCCGUGGCGCAGGCUGAGGAAGAGGAUGCUGGUGGCAGUGACAUGGAUGCAGGAAAUGAAGAAGGUGAUGGCGAAGAGGAGGAAGUUGAAGACGAUGAAGAUGAUGAAGUUCAGGUGUUGCCACCCCCUUCUUCUUCGUCUUCUUCUCAAAUGAAGAGGAAGAGAGAUGAAGCUGCAGAUUCGGAUGACAAUGGUGAGGACGAUGAGGAGGACGACGAUGUUGUUGAGUACAGCAAGUCUUCAAAGAAGCAUCGUUGACAGUCAGUAAAUCUGUCGAUGUUUAUGUUUUGUUGAUGCUGCCCUUUUUCUAGUUUGGAAAACAGAGAACCUCAGAUUAGAUUAGAUUGGUUGGUAGAACUGUUAGUGAUUUUCCCUGAUCUUGGACAAGCAUAUAUAUAUAUAAUGUUUUAAGGAAAAAGAAGGGGUUUGGAUGCAAUGUUUUUCAAGUUCAAAAAGUCGUUAGUAAUUUAUCCCCACUUGGAUCUCUCACAUAGCCGUUGCUGUAUGUUAUUCAAAUGACAGUUAUGCGCGGCUGUAGUUGGGGAAGAGUCAGUUUCAAAAGGGGGUGAGAGCAUGUGGAGGGAAAAAGAAACUUGAAAAUUGUCGUUGUUUUUGGCUUCAGUUUUUUGUCCAACCAGUUUUUUUGGGAAAAAAUGGGGGCAUGUAAAAACUCUUGUAGAUAGUUCAAUUCAGUCAAGUUUGGCUUCGAGUCUUA